AUGCAGCGAUUGGCCGAACACUUAAGAAGCGUCCUCAAGCGUCUCUCCACCAUCUCCGACGCCACCAUCGCUCUUCUGCCUCAAUUGGAGACCAACGCCGACCUCGAACUCCUGCCCCGUCUCCACGAAACCAUCAAGGUCAUGCAGCAGCUCUCCAGCGGGAAAGUGCCCGGAUCGGUCGAGAUCCCUGUUGAGAUCCACAGCGCGGUGGGUCCCAACUCGUAG